CUUUUUCUAUCUACAGCACACCAAUAACACAGUGUCAAGCUGGCACAGUAUACUAAUACUAAUACUAGAGUCCAGUACUGUAGUGACUAUAUAUGAUGUCUUCAAAGCAAGAUAAACUGGAUCAUUUGGACAGCAGAAGCCAUGAGCUAUUCUCUCAGUACAGGAUUGUGGCAGGGAAACUCAAAAAACGUUUCAUGAAGAAACCCAAUGUCCGAGAGGCCAGUGAUGACUAUGGUAAGCUAGCGAAUGCCCUGAAGAACGAAGAGAACCCUCAAUACGCUGCUCUAUGUUUCUCGGCCAUGGCAAAAUGUGAUCAGAUACUGGGUGAUGUGUCAGGGGAAGGUGAAGCUUGGGCCAAUGCAGGUCGCCAGUUCCUUAUUGCCGAAGACAUUCUGUUCACUGGAGGCUACCCCAGUUACGGGGACAGUUUAGACGCUGGCGUACAGUGUUUCUUGUUAGCCAUUGAGGCUCACUAUAAGCAAGGCAACGAAGUGAUGGCUGCCAUGUUCUGCUUGGAAAUUGCUCACAGACUUAAGCAUUUUAAGAAGUUUCACGAGGCUCUCACCUUUCUCAAUAGAGCAGCAGAUCUUCAAAAUAACAAACCAGAAUGUCAAUUGCAGACUAUGGAAGAAAUUGCUUUGUGCAAGAUACGACUACGCGAAUACGACAGUGCACUAUCUAUAAUCAGCAAAAUCACCAGCGAGACAAAAGGCAAAGAAGGUCCGUAUGCAGUACUGAGACAAAGGUGUGAGGUGUGUCAGCUCUUGCUACUCCUCAUACUGCAAAUCCCUAGAAAUCAUCUCAAGGCAGAGCACAGUCAAGUACUCAGUAAAUUCUCUAAAGAUGUUCUGGACACCAGUGUUGUAGGCCCUGGGAUGCAUGGAGAGCUGUACGUCCUCCUGCAGUCACUGCUGAUUGCAGUUGAGGACAAAUGCUACAAGGAGAUAGAGGACAUUCAGCCCAUUAUGUGGAGAUAUCUGACGUCCAUCCAGCAGCAUUUGUACAGUCUCCUGAUGGAGGCUCACAAUCCACACAGACAGUCAAUACUUUAGCAGCUCUCAAUUUAGAUUGUUGAUUAUAAAUUAACAAUUUUUAUUGCUUUAACAUACAAUGUGUUGUGUUAUUUGUGAGAAUCUCAACAGCCACUACUGCCACAAUGUUUAGUUUUUUUCUCUCA